AAGGAGUAGCGGUGUGCAAUCACGCAGCGCAUGAAAAACAAAGACGGUGAAAAUAUUUGUUCUGCAUAAAGAAGAGAGAAAAGAAAAGUAUGUGUGCGCACGCAUAAGAACGAGGAAGAUAGCGAGACGAGAGAGCGCAAAGGAGGGAGAAAAGAGGCGUGCAGUAAGCAGUAAGACAGGACAGGACGUAGAACGGCCGCUGCCGUUGUGUUUGGGCUCGGCUCGGUUGUGCCGCUUCCGUUAUGACGAUACGAUCCAGCGCUUGGCGCUGUGACCGGGCAAUAAGUUGUUUGUGAUUAUGCCUAACUGACAUAAUUAUAUUUUCGAAAAUAUUUUAAAGGAACGCGAUGGAGGUGCGCAUCGUUUCACCGUUUGAUUGGUAAACUGGUUCUCCUUUGAUCGUUACAAUUCUCGUACGCCAUGUGCUAUUGCCACGCGUGUGUUUCCUUUACCGCUGGAUUAAUCUCAGUUAAAUCUCCGUGAAAACCAUCGGCGAACCGUUUUAAACAACGAUUACCACUCGUGAUCCUAGUGAUUCGUGUUAGUGUAGUGUAGGAAGAUACUUUUCGCUUUCUCCGCCCUUGCAUUUUUGGCCGGCUUGUACCGAGAGAGUCCGAAUAAGAACAACAACGGGAGACGUAGAAAAAAAGGAUAGACGGUGGAUUCGGCGAGCUCGAGUACGAGAGAUAACGCGAGGAGCGCAAGUGGUGUAUCAAGAUGGCGCAUAAUUUGGCACCGAGCGUCAACUGUUCGCUCGACGACAUUGAUCUAAACGCAUUGAAGGAACCUGCAGGUAUCUUUGAACUGAUUGAAGUUGUUGGCAAUGGAACCUACGGUCAAGUUUACAAAGGCCGGCACACCAAGACUGGUCAGUUGGCAGCCAUCAAAGUUAUGGACGUCACAGAAGAUGAAGAGGAAGAAAUCAAAUUAGAAAUAAAUGUAUUAAAACGGUAUUCGAAUCACAGAAAUAUAGCAACGUAUUAUGGUGCCUUCGUGAAGAAGUCGUCACCUGGCAAGGACGAUCAGCUAUGGUUGGUUAUGGAAUAUUGCGGAGCUGGCUCCGUCACAGACCUUGUGAAGUCAACGAAGGGCCAGAGUUUAAAGGAAGAAUGGAUUGCUUAUAUAUCUCGAGAGAUAUUAAGGGGACUUAGUUAUCUUCACAGCAAUAAAGUUAUUCACAGGGAUAUCAAGGGGCAAAAUGUUCUGCUGACUGACAACGCCGAAGUCAAGCUAGUUGACUUCGGCGUGAGCGCACAGUUAGACAGGACAAUAGGUAGAAGAAAUACAUUUAUCGGGACGCCUUAUUGGAUGGCACCGGAAGUGAUAGCCUGCGAUGAAAAUCCAGACGCCACGUACGACAAUAGAAGUGAUCUCUGGUCACUCGGAAUUACAGCCUUAGAAAUGGCUGAAUCACAACCACCGCUUUGCGACCUUCAUCCAAUGCGAGCCUUGUUUCUGAUACCGCGUAGCCCUCCGCCAAGACUGAAGUCGAAGAAGUGGUCGAAGAAGUUCCACAGUUUCAUCGAAACGGUGUUAGUGAAAGAUUAUCAUCAGAGGCCAUACACAGAACAGCUUCUUAAGCAUCCUUUUAUCCGGGACCAACCGACUGAGAGACAAGUCAGGAUACAGCUCAAAGACCAUAUCGAUCGUUGUAAAAAACGUAAACAGGAGAAAGAAAGAGACGACUACCGGUAUAGCGGUAGCGAAAACGAAGAGGAUGAGCCAGCAUUGGCCGGCGAGCCAUCAUCCAUCGUUCAAGCUCCGGGUGGUGAUACAUUACGCAGAAAUUUCCAACAAAUCCAAGAGGGUAGGACUCUGACGCAAGAAGUAGCUCCUCAACCACCUGCUGCUAAAGACAAGCCGAGUAGCAGAUCACAAAGAGAAAUACCAGAGCCAGGACCACCUGCAAGGCCUGCCAUUCCUCACAGAUUAAUUGUAGUUCCAGAUCCGCAGCCACCAUCUCGGCCAUUGCCGCCGACACCCAGAGACGACCCGCGGCAGCCGCACAAAGUGUCAACGCCACCCUCUAAUCAUCAACCACCUGUCGCCAGUAGUGGCAGUGGAAAUUCCGGCGGUCAAUCCGCGUCUCAGCGAAACAGUCACGUGUUUAAACCUAUGCUGCCGCCAAGGAGGCCGGAGGACUUGGACAUGCUGGCCGCUCAACUCAACGAGCUUGGUGUGUCACAGGGCCCAGAGGCCCCGCCAAGGCCGAACAGACAGCAUAAGGGCCCUGCUGCAUCGUCCACAUCCAAUUCCGUUCAGCCUGCAAGCAGCAACGAUCAGAACAACAAACAGAUGCCGCAGUCUUCCAGUAUUCUUGAUCAAGCUUUGUCAGUCGAAAGCGAUAGCGAUGACGACCUUGAAGAUGCAGGAGGAAACAAUGCGAGAAAUGAUGGUACCUUACUCGCCAGCGAUCCACCGAAACCUUUACCCGAAUUUUCUCCUUUCAGACCAUCUACAGACCCGUCGUCGAUGUCUUCGCAUAAUGCCCAGAAUUCCCAUCAUCAAGGUAAGCCCAAAGGCGGUGCACCAAAUAGGCCACUACCACCGACCCCCGACGAGGAAGAAUCAGACCGUACACUAGUCAUGAAACGGAAACUUAGUCAGAUGUCAGACGAUCGCGCUACGGCUAGCAGCAAUCGGCGUUCUGAGGCGGACGAGCAGCUUCUCCUGAAGGAGUGGGAUUUCACCCGCUUCUUCCAGGGUUUUAACGAAAGGUUGGAUAAGAUGAAGCAAGAUCAUUCGCAAGAGGCGGCCGACACGAAUAAGUCUGGUAGCGAGGAUCUUUCUUCGUCGUCUACCGAGAGAACGUUGAAGAGACAGGAGCAGUUGUCACGUAGGAAGUACGAAAACCAUCAGCCUCAACAGCAACAUCAACAACAACCGCAACAGCAGCAACAACAACAACAGCAGCAGCAACAGCAACAACAACAACAGCAACAGCAACAGCAGCAGCAACAGCACCACCAUCAUCAAAAGCAACAACAGUUAAAGCCGGUGCAUAGACGGCAAGAAAGCGAUUCGAAGCUUGGCAAUACGUCCAGCGCUUUUGCACGUGCUUUCCGCCGUGAGAAUUCCGAUUUUUUCCCUUCCGCGAGACAUUCUGCAUAUUUACAGAAGUCGGACUCCUCAAGGUCGAGUAUAUUCGCAAGCGGUAACCGCCGCGGAAGCGAGAUUAGUGUCGCCGGUGUCGCUGGUAAAAAGGGGAAUGCCGUCAAUGCCGGUGAACCGGUUCUUACAGACUUUUCGUUCGAUCGUGAUGGUCUUCAGAGGCCACGAAGAGAAAAGACAGAGAGCGAGAUCGUUUUUGGUAGUAGACACGAGGCAAGAAGGUUCGACUUCGGACGUGAUAAAGAUGACACUACGAGGAGGCGCAGUUGUAGGCCAUCAGACGCGGUUUCCGCCGCGGUUGACGAAGCGGGAACCAUUAAGUCUACGGCCAGUACAACGGCUAGCGAGUACAGCCCAAUUGUCACUCAGAACCGUGAAGGUGGCGACCGGCCGCGAGGCGGGGGCGGUGGGGGUGACUUCCAGAGAUCGGAUUCAUCCCCCGGAUCUAGGCCCAGCUCAGUCCUUCCGGAUCUAUUAACAUCAUCGCCGAGCCAGCGACAGGACAAGUCCACCAGUGAGGAGUAUCGGCAAGCGGUUAAAUCACCACCCCCGUUUGCGCUCCAACAGAAGCAGAGAUCAUUCCUGACCUUCGGUUUCGGUGCUGGACCGGCCAGGAGGGAGUCACAUGUGAACGUUAACGUGACACCGACCAGCCACGAUCUUGCGUCCGAUACACCUGAGAUUCGCAAAUACAAGAAACGUUUCAACAGCGAGAUACUCUGCGCUGCGCUGUGGGGAGUAAAUCUAUUAAUUGGCACCGAGAAUGGCCUUAUGCUAUUAGAUCGAAGUGGUCAGGGUAAAGUGUAUCAGUUGAUAAGCAGAAGACGGUUUCAACAAAUGGAAGUCCUCGAAGGUCAGAACAUUUUGGUCACGAUUAGCGGAAAGAAGAAUCGAGUACGGGUAUAUUAUCUUUCCUGGCUGAAGAGUAAGAUUCUACGAACCGACGGUCACAGCGACCAAGUGGAGCGGCGCAAUGGUUGGAUCAACGUCGGUGAUCUUCAAGGAGCGGUGCAUUUCAAAAUAGUUAAAUACGAGAGAAUAAAGUUCCUCGUUAUUGCGCUGAAAGAUUCCAUAGAAAUUUAUGCCUGGGCGCCAAAGCCUUACCAUAAGUUUAUGGCGUUUAAGUCGUUCGGUGAGCUCGCGCAUAGACCGCUUCUUGUUGACCUUACCAUAGAAGAAGGCACAAGGUUGAAAGUUAUUUAUGGCAGCGCUGAUGGUUUCCAUGCCGUUGACUUGGAUUCGGCUACGGUUUAUGAUAUUUAUUUGCCAAAACACACUCAGGGACCUAUUUGCCCACACUGCAUCGUUGCAUUACCAAACAGUAAUGGUAUGCAGUUACUACUGUGUUACGAUAACGAAGGUGUAUAUGUCAACACUUACGGUAGAGUUUCCAAGACAAUGGUCCUUCAGUGGGGUGAAAUGCCCACGAGUGUUGCUUACAUAGGUACGGGACAAAUAAUGGGCUGGGGCAAUAAGGCGAUUGAGAUUAGGAGCGUAGAAAGUGGACACCUCGACGGUGUAUUCAUGCACAAGAAAGCUCAACGGCUCAAGUUCCUUUGCGAGCGUAAUGAUAAGGUAUUUUUCUCGUCAGCAAAAGGCGGAAGUUCGUGUCAGAUUUACUUCAUGACAUUAAAUAAACCUGGCAUGGCUAACUGGUGAUCCCGAAUGAGGCCAGAUCUGGCCGUAAAAUUACCGACACGUAUAACGAAAACAGAAAAUCAACCGCGUGUAUCAGGAUCUGCAUUUUCGACAUUCAUGUUAAUUCGUUUCUCACUGCCAAGAUUAAACAACGCCAUGGGAGAGAAAAAAUUUGUUCAGCGUAGUCGGCAUCAUAAUAAUAAUAAUAAUAAUCAGUGUCAUUCUCAAUUUUCUUACAAUCGUCGUUGUCAUCAUCGUCAUCGUCACCGUUACCGUCAUCAUCACCGCCAUCGACACCGGCACCAUCACCAUCGCCUCCGUCAUCAUCAUCACCGAACCCGACACCAUCAUCAUCACCAUCAUCGCCAUCGUCAUCGACACCACUACCACUACCACCACGACCACGACAACGAGCAUCGUUGUUUCUCUGAACAAGACCUUUAUGAUCAGUAUCAACACUUUUGCUCGAGUAAUUGCACAUCAAUUGAUAGAAACGAGAGCUAUGGCAAGAAAUCUCGGCACCAUCUCCGACAGUUUUUACAGAGAACGCAAGGGACACUAGCAUUUGUAAAUCUUCUUGUAAAGAAAUUUCUGUGCUUUUUUAACCGUACACCUUUCGUAGUACGGCUAAGCGCAUGAAACAGCACAGAUUUUUUAAGAAAAGAUGGUUCCUCCCUUGUACCGGUGUCCCAUUACGUAGAAGAAAGUAAGUAGGAACGAAGAGUAUGCACAAAAAUUCCCUUGACACUUUUGUAAUAAGAUUCAUUUAUUCUUUCGACAUUGUUUCGGUACUUAUAAAACAUUACAAACCCUACCUUAUACAUUGGAAGGCCGGUCAAUUUCGAGAAAAAGCGUUCAAUGAUAGCUAUCCAGAAAUAAUCACAGGCGGAUUGUAUUGAAUUGACAUUUUUCCUGCAGUAAAGUAAUUUCUUCGAAAGUAAAUGGCGAAGUAGUCAACGUUAACGAUUCGGAAUAGUAUCACAUUAUUAUACCAUACUAUUGUCGUAGACGCAAGAAAUUGUGCAAUAUCGAUGCUUUGAUCUGUACAAACACGAAGACCUUCCGAAAUAAGUUUUUAAUGAGUAGCUAAACUUUUUUAUGAUAACUGAGACUACGUAAAAUGUUUUGAUAGCUCCAAGUGCAGACACGCGAGCAAAAUUGCAGUAUGAAUGAGUGUUUGCGUUUUGUGCCGAAGGUGGAACUAUAGAGAGACAGAGAGAAAGAAAGAAAGAGAGAGAUUAAAGUCGCGCGCGCGUAUAUGUGCAUGUUGUGUUUGUGAGAGAGUGAGCGAGCGAGCGAGCGAGCGAGAGAGAGAGAGAGAGAGAGAGAGAGAGAGAGAGAGAGAGAGAGAGAGAGAAGAAACGAAAGAGAGGAAGAGAAAGUGGGAGCAGUGGAGUAUGUAAUGAAUACGUUUUUUUUUUUAAAUUAAAUUCAAUUGAAUAUUAUAUUUUUCUUUCUCGUAAGUACGUUCGAUGCAAUAACUACAUGCUUAUAAGCGGUUACUUCAUAUAUACAGUUAAUUAUAGUUACGUAUUAUUAGGGCACGAAAUUUGUGUUAUGGAAGUCUUCUGAACGGUAGAGUAACUUUAUUUUCGCGGAUGAAGCAUUGCGAAAGUAACAGUGAACUGGAAAUGGUAUAAUUCAAAUUAAGGAUAAGAGGAAAGUAGCAGCUAAUGUUACGAAUUGUAUAGUUCUCGAUAGAAAAGGACAUGUACGGUUGAUUCCUGCGAUUCGAGAUCACGGCGAUGAUGAUACGACGGUAGAGGACACACGACCUCGAGUCGUGUGUCAACGGCAAGUAAUACGUUUUUAUUGAGACUUUUGCAACACGUGUAGCAGAAAGGUGACAAAAAAAAACAUUUUUAUUUUUAAGGUAUUUACAGACAUAGUAUCAUAAGAUUGUUUUACACUCUCUACUUUGUGGUGUAUGCUUGUAUUGGUAGUCAUGGCGUCGUUUAUUCUUGACAAUUAACAUAGGCGACCCCAGAAGCGCCUUCGGCUUUUAUAAAGAAUUUAUAACUUAAUAAGGCAAUGCGCACAGGAAAAGGAUAGUCUUCCUCUUCCUACCUUUUUAUACAUUCGAGUCGUACGCGAAUCGAAAUAUAUUAUUCAUCCCGCGAGGUCGUUAUUUUGUGUAUUGAGAAACUUAAUGAAAAAUUCGCAAGUAACAGAACACUCCUGUUGAUCGAUAUAUAUAUUAUGACUGAUUACAUUUGAAUUACGUCACUUGUAACUAUUAUAGAGCAUAGGAACAAAUUGUAAUGUGCUCAAAGAGGUUGUCAGCGCUCCGAACGAUUAAUUAACUGAACGGGUACAUACCACAUAUUAACAUGUACAUCGUUGUAGGAUUUACGUUUACACGACGAAUGGACGUUUUUCACAGAACUGUCUGCUAAAGCUGAUUUUAGUUUGAACUGUUCGACGUGGAAUCCAAGGAGAUUUCUCAAGAUAUUUGCAUUGUAACAGUAAUAGAAUUUAUAUUACAUUUUUUUUAAGUCUAUAUGUGUCAGUAUGGUGUAAAUUUUAAAUAAAUAUGAAUUAUAUAUUGUAUCACACUCGACAGGCGAAUAUAAUUCGUGUCUAUGCGUAAUAAUCAUAUGUAGGCGUGGUAACCAAUCGAGCAAUCGUCGAACUUACCAAUUAUCAUUCGUAUUUAUGUUUAUUCGAGACAUGACAAAUUUAUAGCAAUAAUGCAUCAUCGAAAUCAAUUUUUCAAUUUUUGAAGACUUUAUUUGUAUAAACAUUAGGAUGGACCUUAGCAUUCUCACAUUAUUUUGGGACACAUCCUCUAGGAUUGUGUUAUUAGGUGAACUAAUCGUGCAGAAUUUGAAAAUUAAUUUUUGUAAUUCGUUUUUCUCGAUUGUCCCAAAUUGUUGUUAUACAUGUUUAUACAUUAUUGAACUUUUUUUUACGGUCUUGGAGAAUAUAUAAAUAAAAUGUAAGAUCACUUAGAGAAAUUUUAUGACCUAUUACAAUCAUAAAGUCAUGAUCUAUGUGUUGAAAUUAUAUUCACUUCGUUAAAUAGCAUAAUUUUUGUGUAAGAAAUUUUUUCAUGUAAUAACGAUGACAUUUCCAUUUUUCUUUUUCAACAUAUAUAAUAUACAUCACCAUAUACGAUAUAAUAUCUGCCAUAUGCCAUAUGCAAUAUACAUAUAGUACAAUGCACAGUACAACAAGUAGUUUUAUAACUGGGAAGGUAUACGUUAAUAUUCUCACUCUGUUCAUCGAUUCAGUGGAAAACAUUUCAUAUAUCUUUUAAAUAAAGUUUAAAUUUCGUUGUAUCUGGGUAUUGUUUUUUUGUUUUUGGGAACAAUUCGCAAUAUCUAUGUAUUGUCUCUCUUCCUCAUCUUUUGUCUUAACAACCGAUUACACUCUUGCAUAAGUUUAAUACUACGUAGCAUCGGGACCUUUUGAAAAUUCGUUGGGAAUUCAGAAUCUGUUCGAAUCUCCUGAAAUUAAAUACUCAAUGUCUGUACAAACAUAGUCUUCUACGUACGUAGAGUGUAGUAUUACUCAUUUUAUAAGAUUAAUCUCUUUCUGUGUCAACUAACUAGGUCAUGAUUUUCGAAAAAGUGAUCUUACGUAAAUAAACGUGCGCAUGAACAAGUGUAUACCAUUGAUAAAAACAAGUUAUAAAAACGAAAAUUUUUUUAUUGUUGUCAAAUAAUUUCACAUGGAUCAUACUUUUGCUCGAUAAAAAGAAUACGAUGGUCGAAAUAUAAGGUCCACCCUAAUACACAUACAUGACGCGGCAUGUGAUAAUAAACGAAGAGUGUGACACGUUUGUCCGUUCGCAAGCAUGCGUUUCAUGGAGCUUCCUACUUAAAAAAAAAAGAAAAAAAGAAAAAGUUGCUGAGAAUCCUUCUGAAUGGUAGACGUAGUUUAAUUUAGAAACGUUCUGAUGGUUUGCAAUAUUUCGACUAACAUGGCGCAUUCAAAGUACAUUUAUUGUAUCGGGUAGGUUUUAAAGAGGAGGACGUCCGGUAAGUGCAACGAAAGACUGUCAUUUGAAUGAGAACGAGAUUUCUAAUUAAACGCUGAUACUGAAAGAACGGAGAUACGUAAGGGUGGCGAACUUUUUGAGAGUGCGCGCGCGCGUGUGUGGAAAUAAACGAAUGGGCUACACGUAUGGACGGUUAUUUACAAAUAACAGGAACACUAAUAUUAUAAACAGUAAUACUAAUUACUACCUUAACCAGAUUCGCGUAUUAAUUUUGUGCAAGAAUCUUCGCAUUGCUCCCCCUCUGCCCCCUUAUUUCUCGGUUCCUUUGUGCUUACUUAUAUGUUCCAUCCAUUACCUUUACUUGGAUCGUCUUGCACAUUAUUUCCCAAAGAUGGUAGUGAUGAUUUCGUAAUAUUAUGAUAAUUAUUAUUGCUGUAGUUUAUGAUUGCUAUUAUUGUUACGAUUAUAUCAGUCCGUAUGUCAUUACGACCAUCAUCAUCAUACGGUGUAUUAAGAUUCUAAUGAUUAAGAUUACUACUAUCAUUAUUAUUAGCAAAGUCAAAUAUACAAACAAUUUGUAAUUGAUGCGACAGUCAUUUCUUCGUAUGUCCCAUCGCAUUUUAUACAUGUACACGUAUUAAGAAACUUUUCAGUUUUAGAAAUACAUGGUUGCAAUAACUUAA